ACAACAUGAAUCUGCUCAUACUGGCGACACUUUUCUCAGUGAUUUUGGCCGAAAAAUCACCUCGGCUGAAAUUCACCGUGAUGGAGUCACCUCGGUUUCGCUUCAUGAAGCCGGAGAACUACACAACAGUUUACCACCAACAGAAAACUGAUGUCCUGUAUGUGGGGGGUCAAGGGGUCAUCUAUAAGCUCACCUUCAGUGAUAAAGGAGUGCAUGACACGCAGAUCCAUGCACUGAUGGAUGAGAAUGCAAAAGAGACAUGUGUCUCUAAAUCACCAGUAUGGAAGCAAGAGUGUGAUAAUUUCAUCACAGUAAUUGAGAGAGUCGGCGAUUCAUUUGUGGUCUGUGGGACAAGAGCCAGUGCUCCUAAAUGUUGGCUCCUGGUAAAUGACAGUGUACUGACGGACAUGUCGGAGGAAACAGCAGCGUCUAACAUCUUGGCACCUUUCCCUUCUCAGCGCUCCAUCAGUCUAUCAGCAGAUGGGAAUCUGUACUCUGCUUUGUCAGCGGUUGCAGGACAGACUGGCUCUAUCCGCCGCACAUAUGGCUCCAAAAAGCAGCUGAAGACAGAGAAUAAAUGGUUACAGAAUCCCCAGUUUGCUGGAGCUGCUGUGAUACCAUACACAGAGAAACUCAAAGAUGAGAUCUAUUUCUUCUUCAGUGAGGUCAACAGUACAACCAGUCUAGAUGAAGAGCCAUACAGGGCUCGCAUAGGACGAGUCUGCAUGGUUGAUGAGGGAGGGCUUCAGAACAUGCUGCCAAACUCCUGGACUACGUUCCUGAAGGCACGUAUUAUGUGUGGAAAAGCUGGAACUCCUGUACAGUACAACAGCUUCAAGCAGGCUUUUGUUCUGUCCUCUUCUCACCGCACUGGGUUGAUAUAUGGCAUCUUCUCCAAUGCUUGGAACACCACUGUAGUGUGUGCAUACUCCAUUGAAGACAUUGACCAAGCCUUUUCUACAUCCAAACUGAAGGGCUACAACUCACCUUUAUCAACUCCCCGUCCUGGAACGUGUGCUUUUAGGAAUAACACUUUCGCUCAUAACCAGAAGAUCCUGACUGUGAUCAAGGAUCACCCUGAGAUUGAGGACAUGAUCAUCCCGGUCGACGAAGCUCCUCUGGACCUGCCAGUUCAAGACCACUUCACACAUAUUGUGGCAGACACAGUCUUGGCUGUCAAUGAUGAACACUACAGCAUCAUUUAUCUGGGCACAGAGAAGGGAAAAGUCCUGAAGGUGCUACAUGCCAUAGAAGGAGCCUUUAUCAUAGCACAGUACUCUUUAUUCCAUGAUGAUAGUUCUGUCAUCAACAUGGCCAUUGACUCUAAAAAGGGUCAUCUCUAUAUUGGCACAGAGCUUGAAGUGCAGCGCAUCCCCCUGGCUGACUGUGGUCGUUACGGAGCCAGCUGCCAGGAAUGCAUCCUUUCACGAGAUCCAUAUUGUGCGUGGGAUGUGUCCAAGAAGAAAUGUACUGCAAUCCCAGCAGACUACAGCAUUAGCCCUGGAACUCUUGUUCAGACCCUUGACCACUCCAAUGCCUUGGUCUGUGGCUAUGUUACAGCUCCUAAGGCACGUAGCACCAUCCCCAAACAAGUUUUAGUGGAUAAAGAUGGACCCGUCCUGCUACCAUGCCCCGUGCAUUCCUAUCAUGCCACUUACCGCUGGGAGAAAGACAACUGCAUCAAGCAAUAUCCUUGUACCAUCUCCGGUUCCUCCUGUGUGCUGGCGCCCACCCCUGACCUGCCACUGAAGGAGGGCGUGUUCCGCUGCAUGGUGGAGGAGAGCGGCCUGCAACAGGAGGUGGUGUCCUACAAGCUGGUGUUCAACGGUGGGCCCCUCUCCACCUCGCUAGCCUCCACCCUGGGGUCGGCUCUGCUGCUGGCUGCCGCGGCACACUGGCUCCUGUAGAUCCAAUGAAUCCUGGGGGCUCAAAAGGAAACAAGUUUAAUUCUUGUUUAAGGUCAGCAGAGCAUGAGUACCUAGGCCAGUCCAACUAAAUUGCAGGGGAGUAGCUGGUCUCUUAUAAACCGUGUUUCUUGUUUCUUAUUCAGAGCAAUCACAAGUUUAUUCUUUUUUUUGAAGGGCCAAGAAAAUGCCUGAAAUUGUCUUAUUUUGCAAAAUGCUUUAUCAUCUCAAACUCCAGUGUUAUGUAUAACAUGAACUUGUGUAAGUGAAUUUCAUGCCAUCAGCCUGAAAGCAUUUAGACUUAUAUAGUGCAUAUUAAAUAUCUAAUACAUUACUUGUAUUUGUACUGCAUAAUACAAAAUUUUAGUGCCAUCUUUCAGAUGUUUCAGAGGACUGCUUUGCUAACUACACUCAUACAUGGAAUCCAAAUCAGUUCUUUA